UUCUUAGUGUGUAGCUUGAUGGAAACCUUUACAUUGCGAAUGUUUCUAGCAUUCUAGGCGCUGAAUUGUUAAUUUUUAGAUUUUUUAAGCAUGGAGGAAGUGCCGGCUAGUCCGGAAAUAGUGAAACGAUUAAAGCGCCGUCGAACAACCGGACAGUUCUCUCGGCGCACCAGGCUUUCGUUGAACAGAGACAAAGUCAGUAAUAGUUCAAAUUCUGUGCUGUUAUCGGAUAGUGUAAAUAUUGAACAAAAAACACAACAUGUUCCAGUUAAGUUGGAAAAUUUGUUGUAUUUUGAUGACAAUACUGAAACCGGUGUGUUGCCGGAUGAGGAUCCUCUCCUAAUGGCUGCUAUAAUUGAGAAGGCGGAUCAGCUUGAAGUGGAACAUCGAUCGAAGCAGUCGGUAGAUUUUAUGGUCAAUGUUAAGAAUAAGUUCAUUAAAAUUGACGAAAUAGUUCAAUCGGAAGAGAUUGCUGUUAAAGUUGAACCGACAGUUUCCGAUGCAAACUGUUCUAAGAAGGGUAAUUACAGUUAUACUCAGUUUGAACUGAACACAGAAAUGCUUGGUGUUUUUGAGGCUGCUGAUGAAUUAGCCAAAUUAAACAGUAUUCCAGAUCAAGAACCAAACACUUGCUGGAAUAGUACCCCAGAUCAGGAAGCAGCAAAGGUUGCUAUUAAAUUGGAAUCAUCUGAACAAUCAGAUAAAACGCCUAUUAGGCGACGAAGAGAUCGAUGGAAAGACGUGAGGAAGUCAUCUUUAGCAAGAGAAGGCGAUACAACAGGAGACGCUUCACCAUCAGUGAAGCACAAAAAUGCUAACAAUUUCGAUUUUAGCGACGAUUCGGAUGUUGAUCUGACAAUAGACUAUUCAAAAAUUGUAUCUUCCAAACUUCGGGCACGGCUUGCUAAAAUACAAAGUUUUAUUGAUAGUCCUCCUCAGAAGGUUAACAAAAAAAGUGUUCACCGAACGUUUUCCAAAAAGAAAGUUUUAAACGAUGUAUCUAUCACACCACCUGUGAUACGAAGAUUAAGCUAUGAAAGCAGAGAUUCUUCAUCUGACAGUAUGCUGGAGGUUGAUCGAGUACUUAGUUCUUCAGAUGAUGAAUUUAACCACCUUGACGGGUCGCAAGGCGACGUAGCGGUUAAAGAGGUACAUCAAGUCCAUUCUACAAGUCCAGUCGGUGACAAUUUCGAUUCCAGUUUGCUCAUUAAGGCAAACAUCGAUCAACUGUCCCAGUUUUUUUCGACAUCUGUCUCUGAACGUGUCCAAAAGCAAAAGCGAGAUUCGGAUUCUUUAUCGAAUGAACCGGAGUGUUACGGGUUUCCCGCAGAACCCAUGUCACCAAUUUCACUAUCUUCUUGUGGAUCUCCCUGCAUUGUCUCUGUUGCUUGGUUGUUUCGCAGUGAAUCGGAAUCAGAUUUGUCAGAAGAGACAACAUUUGUACACGAGGAUCAGUCUAAGCCGCCUCUGCACCAUCUCCUGGAUGAGGAUGACGAUUUUCUAUCUCAUUUGCCUACAUCGCAGAAAACUUACAGCGAGUACGAAGUCGAUUAUGUAUCUGAAUGCGACGUGAGAAAUCAUGUUAAAGAGAAGGCACUGUCUGCAAUUUUUAAAAAUUAUGACGUACAUUCUGCAAUUGGAACAUGUUAUUCUACUGGUAAUCAAGCUGAAACGUGUUCAUAUGAUGGAGCGCCAGAAGCUCCAGUUUGUGCAGGGUUUCGAACCGCGGGAGGACACAAAAUCGGUGUGUCGGAAAAAGCUAUGAGAAAAGCUCACGCAAUAUGGGAUGAUGAAAUAAACAAACUUAACGGUGACGAAAAUUGGCUGCAAGCUUUACGUGACGAGAACGGGACCUGCGCAGAAUCCGAUGCACAACCAGGGCCAUCUGCCGUUGGAUUCAAAACAGCUGGAGGACACUCUUUGACCAUAUCGAAAAGCGCUCUUGCAAAAGCAAACGCUUUGUGGAGUGACAUAGAACGAGAUGAAUAUGUGGAUAAUAAACUAACCAACGUCGAAUUAAACGCAAUGUUUAAUUCCCCAGUCGUUCGAGCCGUUUCUACAACAUAUCCUGCAGUAGGAUUUCAAACAGCAAAAGGAAAUAUUAUAAAUGUUUCUGAGAGAGCUCUCGCAAAAGCGCAAAUUAUGUUGGAACAGUUGCAAAAUGAACAGGAAUCUGAGGUUACGGGAGUGAAACCUUGCGGCGGAUUUCAAACGGCGAAAGGAAAUUCUAUUAAAAUUUCUGAAAAGGCUUUAGCUAAAGCGCGUUCUAUGUUUCAACAAGUGCAAGAUGAUGGCGAGUCUGAUGAAACCGAACCGAAAGUUAACAUUGGAUUCCAAACAGCGGAAGGAAAUUCCAUCAAUAUUUCUGAAAAAGCUUUGGCUAAAGCACAUUCUAUGUUUGAACAAAUGAAAGAUGAAGACGAGCCUGAGGUAAUAGAAACGAAAGUUAAUAUCGGAUUCCAAACAGCGAAAGGAAGCUCAAUCAAUAUUUCAGAAAAGGCUUUCGCUAAAGCGCAUUCUAUAUUUAAACAAAUGCAAGAUGAAGAUGAGUCUGAAAAUUGUACAACUGAAAAAUUUGUAUAUGGCGAGAAUGAUGAAGUGAAACUAGAAAAGCGCAGGCUAGAAGAUGCCUGCAGCCCAAAUACUCCCUUGAAACGUUAUAAACCAAAUGGACUUACUAAGGGUGAAUCCUCUUUAAUGACAAGCACUCCAAUUGCGUUUUCUGAAGCCGCUUUAGAUGAAGCUGGCAAUCAAAUUGAUCACCUGUUUAGUGAUUUAGAUGAACGCGAAUUUCGUCACUUGUUUGUCUCUGAGAAUGGACCGUCGCACUCGCGUAUAACCCGUACUACGAAACAAGUUUGUUUGGCCACUAAGUUCGAUGAGCUCAUCGUUCAAAGUCCAAUAGGAAAUAACGUGUCCGCUAAUGGACAUUGGGACGACAGUUUUGGCGACAUAAUGGCAAAGUUAAGUUCUGAACUGAAAGUUACCGAACAAAUUUUAGAUUCGCGUCGCUUGGCAAGGCAGAAACAGCUGGAGUAUUGUCAAAAUAAACCAUCCUCCGAAUGUAUGCCAAGAUUGUGCAGUUUUGUAAAAAAGAAGCAACAGCGUUGCAGACGCACACUGAAGGAAUUCGUUACUGAUGCCAGACCUGUUGAUGGUGGAGAAACCGUCCCCGAGCGGAUACGAAUGAUAAACUUAGACAAUGUCAACCAUUUUAAAUUCGAUAUGGUCCGGUUGUAUGGGUUGAAUUUCUGUGCAGAAAACGUGGAUGGGAUCGUGCUGGGCGACGAUGAACAUCCCGUUCGGUUGCAUCUGGACGAUAACUGUUUAGUGGGAAUGUCAGAACUACGCUCUGCCUUUUUGUCAGCACCAGGAAUUGAUCCUGCUCUAGUGCCUUGCGGCUGGUUUGAGAAUGCUUGGAAGUGGAUCGUUUCAAAGCUGUCGUCUUUAGAAAGAAAUUUUCGAAACUAUUUCCAAGAAAUUACAACUCCUGGAAACGUUCUUGAUCAGCUUAUGUAUAGAUAUCAUAGGGAAAUCGAUUGUGCCAAGCGACCUGUGAUACGAAAGAUUUUGGAGAAAGACGAUAUUCCUAGUCGACGGAUGGUUUUAUUUGUAGCUCGCGUCUUUCGAGGGCAGGUUCCUUCUGAUGUUGAGCUAGAAUUGAGCGACGGUUGGUACUCGAUCAGAACAAUAGUCGAUUCCCAUCUUUCGCAAGUGGUGGAUAAAGCUAAAGUUAUAGUAGGGACUAAGUUGAUGAUACAAGGAGCGGAGCUCUUGAAUUUGAAUGAAGGAUGCUCACCGAUAGAAGUGCCCCAGGAUGUGCGGCUAAAAAUUCACUCCAACUCAACCCGCAGAGCCAGAUGGGAUGUGAAAUUAGGAUUGUAUAAAGUGCCAAAUAGUUUUUUAAUAUCAUGCAAUGAUAUUUUAGACCAAGGUGGACUGAUUUCUCGUUUGCAGGUUAUGGUUAUACGUGUCUAUCCAUUAAUGUAUGUAGACAAAUCGCAGCGGAAUGCUUCGGGUGCUGUGUUACGAUCAGAGCGCGCAGAACGUCGUCGAAUGCAAGAAGUUGACGCUGAUCAAUUGAAAAAUUACCAAACCCUUUUACUGCAGGUGCAAAAAGAAAUUGAAACUGAGAAAUCCGCGUGCAAUGGAAAUCAGCGUUCGAAAAAGUUACCCAGAACUAUAACUUCAACACAACUUCUAGAUCUACUGGAAACCGGAGUUGAUCUAUCAGGCACAGAAAAUGAUUUAACAGUGACGCAGCACGCAACGGUCAUCGAGCAUCAGCGUCGUCAGCAGGAAGAAUUAAGCAACGAAAUCAACCGCCGUGUCAGAGAACGCAUAGGCAACCAAACUGUCACGAACCGAAAGGUAAGCCCACUGUUGAAAAUUCGUAUAAUGGAUUGCCGUAAGCCGGAAAAGGUGCUACUACUCUCCAUUUGGCGUCCCCCGGAUGAUAUUGGCGAAAUAAUGCAAGAAGGCAAGUCAGUUGAGAUACUGAACGCUACGGCGAACGGCACCAGAAAUGGUGAGGUCCAGCUAACAACUGGAAAAAAUAGUACGUACCGCAUGAUAGACACACAGCAGUUCCAGUUUCGAGAAGAUGUGUUUAGAAAUCUCACGCGAAUAGCGGAAAUAAAAAACACCACCUUUCGUCCACCCUUUAACGAGUUUGAUACGGUUGGUAUUAUCGUACAGGUUGGUAGCUCGGAAAAAAAGAAGUUCCAAACCGUUUAUCUAGCAGAUACGGCCAUGAAUUUGUUGUGUGUUAAUUUCUGGAAUGGUAUCAUCGAGUACGCGUAUGAAGAUGUGGUAAAAGAACGAGUGCUUCUUUGCAUUUCAAAUCUCCAGUGGCGAACAAUCAACGCGUUGAGCUCAAUUCCAAACUCGUUUGCCACUGAGUAUACUGUGUUUAGCGAACAUCCGAAGGCAAGCCAUUUUUCGGAAGAGCUUAACAAUAUGCACUCGUUUUUAAGCGAUAUAGAUCUGAAUGCAUUUCAGCUUGAAUGCUGUUCUCGUAUUUCAGAAUUGAAGGAAAAGAAACUGACGAGGUGCAAUAGUAUGAACACCCCCGGUCGUACCGCUGACGUUUCGACUCCUGUGCGAACAGUUUUAAGCAACACGAACUUCAGCGCAAAAACACCAGUCGAUUUUUCGCCUGGUGUUGGACAACCGAUGAGUAUUCAGAAACAGAAGAUACAGCUGCUAGCUGCAGCUUACAAAAGUCCUCCCAAGUUGACACCUAUCAUUAUGCGUAGCAAUCCGCGUGUGCGUAAGAAUUUUAGGCUUCCCAUCAAACUGGAAGAUCGUAUCGAUCAGACAAAUCAGGAUGACUCGGUUAGUUAGCCUUUCUUAAUGUUGCCCGUUUUUUGUUACUUGCUGUACAUGAAAGUUAUUAAA